AUGGAUUACGUGACUACAUUGAAAAUUUUAGUGAUUGGAGAAAGCGGUGUAGGUAAAUCAAGUAUUAUCUUAGCAUUCACAACAGGAGAUUACAAUGCCUCAUUCCCAGCUACGAUAGGAGUGGACUACAAAUGCAAAGUAAUGGAGGUCAAUGGUCUGAAAGUGAAAUUGGGCAUAUGGGAUACAGCGGGUCAAGAGAGAUACAGGACCUUGACAAACAGUUUUUAUAGAGAUGCACACGGCGCCAUAUUGGUUUACGACGUGUCCGAACCGAAAACACUUGCAAAGCUUAAGGAGUGGGUUGAGGAACUUCAGGUGUAUUCAACAAAGAAAAAUAUUGUCUGCUUGGUUGUUGGUAACAAAAUCGAUAAGCCCCGAGUGGUACCAAGGGAAGCUGGUCAAGCGUUUGCAAUGAAACACAGAAUGCUCUUCAUUGAGAGCAGCGCCAAAACUCAGGAAGGCAUCAACUUGGCUUUCGAAGAGCUGGUGCAAAAGAUCAUCGAGACGCCCGGUCUUUGGGAGUCAACUGGCGCCUCCUCCAAUAUACGCGUUUCGAACGAAGAGAGGAGACAACAAGAAGAGUCCUCUUGCUAUGAUUACACUUGUACCAUA